ACCAGACUAGAAACGUCGUGACGACAAAACUCCAACCAAACUUUGCCCGCCGAGCCUUCCCGUGUUUUGACGAGCCCAACAUCAAGGCCGAGUUCACCAUCACCCUCAUCCACAGACCAGAGUACAUCGCCUUGUCCAACAUGCCUCAGGACGGGGAGACGAGUGAUUGGAAUACUGGGCUCGUGAGUACCAAGUUUCAACGCUCACCCAAGAUGAGCACGUACCUGGUGUGUUUCGUCAUCUGUGACUUCAAUUACACGGAGACUCGGACAAGGUCAGGUGUCCCGAUCCGGGUAUUUGCGGCGCCUGACCGUAUUGAGCAGACGCUAUACAGCCUUGACCUCGCCAACUUCACCUUGGAGAAGUUCCAGGAGCUGUUCAACAUGAGCUACCCACUGCCUAAAUUAGGUCAUUAUCAUAACGUUUUUACCCUAAAUUAG